AUGGGAAGUGAUCACCCACCCACACUUUUAUCAGAUACACCAGAACUUAACAGUCAGACAUUGUGUUUCUCUGAACGAGUACCGCAGCCAUGGUCGCUGCUCGCCCAUCAUCAUCGAGCCGUACGUCGUGAUCACUCUGAGAAGAAAACACAGAAAUUAUCAUCUUUUACAUUAGACUCGAGAGCCGUUGCUGCAGUAGCAGCGGUGGGAAGAGAAGAAGGAGACUCCGUAAUGGGGAUAGCCACAACAGAUAGGAACACCAGUAGUGCUAGUAGUGGUGGUAAUAAUAAUAAUAAUAAUAAUAAUAAUAAUAAUCCGGCUGGAGAAAUCAUGUUGUCAAGUAGUUCCCCUGAUAUUGUGAGUCUUAACAAAGAGGAAGAGGGAAAAGAAGAAGAAGAAGAUACAGUUCAUUCUCCUCUUGUUUCAACUGUAUCUUUUGUUUGGGGAACUCCAUUAGGGUCAUCAUGUUCUGCCGUUGUGCCAUCGGAUUGCUCGCAUAGUUUAGGCAAUAUGGAUAAGAGAAUUGUUAGUUCAUCACAAGAGGCUCUAUCGUCUGUACAUGUGGAGUUAAGUGAUGUUUACAUGGGAAUUACACAAAUAUUUCAAAAUAUACGGGCCUUACAUUUAUCACGGUGUCCUUUGUGUGCUCCGGCAAAGGCUCCCAAUUGGUGGACAACCUUUAAAAGAGAUCGGCGAUAUCGUGAGGAACAGAGCCACAUUAGUUCUUCUUCUUCUUCUUGUAUGGAAAAGCAUGCGGGUAAUGAGAGAAAACGAACCUGUUGGAAAGACGAAGCGUAUACGCAUGAGGCAUCAACGUCUCUAGUCUCAUCAUCAUCCUUUUGGACGGAGAGUGAAGAGGAGGAGGAGGAAAAUAAUAAUAAUAAUAAUAAUAAUAAUAAUAAUAAUAAUAAUAAUAAUAAUAAGAAUGAUGGUCGUUACCAUAAUAGUGGUUAUCAUUGUCUAUCACACGGUGAAUAUCAAGAAGAAAAGAAAAAGAAGAAGAACGAAAAAGAAAUGUUGAAACUAUUGCGAACAGAGACGAAUAAGUUCCUUCAGCAUGUUUAUAGUCGUAGACGUUAUCUUGCCGCAACUCGACCGUUGAUGUAUGAGGCCUGUCCAGAGAUGCAUGUACUCUGGCAGGAGUGUAGCUCUCUUGGUGGUAUUGUUCUCCUGGAAACUCUUCUCUUGGGGUUGUAA